AUGUUUGACCUACUGUAUUUUCUUAUAUUUUCGGUUAUUUUUAUUCAAAUCUCGUUAACCCAAAAAUCAAUAACGUACUCCGACCAAUUAGCUCGAAAUAAAUUGAUCUACGCUGCAAUCGCUUCUUAUGGUACAGUACCCGAUUACUGUAUGAAUCUUGGAUUCAACAAUUCUAAGAUACGCAGGCAGAUUACUGUACCUUGUGAUACUGUAGAUCCAAAUGAUACUUGCUCCGGUUUUACGGCUGUUAGCGAUGAGGAUUCGGCGAUUCUGGUGGUUUUUCGAGGGACAACUAGUGAUGAGCAAUUGGCAGUUGAGGGGAUAGAGACAGUGAAGAAUCAGAUGCCAUGGAUAUCCGGAGGCGUGGUUUCCGAAUAUUUCGGUGACGCAUUCUACAAAAUCUGGAAUUCUGGAAUGAAAGAUGAUUUCAAUUAUCUGAUUUCCAAACAUCCCAAUUAUCAAGUUUGGGUAACCGGUCACUCCCUUGGUGGUGCUCUCGCCUCUCUCGCCUCUUCAUAUCUUGUCUUCAAUCAUUUAACACCAUCUGAAAAUCUUCUCCUCGUCACGUUUGGACAACCAAGAACUGGAAAUGUGACCUACACUCAAAAUUUUGAUUUACUCAUCGAGAACUCUUACCGUAUCACUCAUUCUCAUGAUCCUGUACCCCAUUUACCCGGAAAAGGACAUCAUGGAUAUUGGCAUCAUAAAUCAGAAGUUUUCUAUAAUGAAAAAAUGACAGGUUGGGAGAUUUGUGAAGAGGACGAAGGGCAAAAGUGCUCCAAUGCGAAUGCGGUGGAUUUGGAUUUUCAGGUAUUUGGAGAGAAUGGAGGGGACUGA